GGGCAGGCGCUCUGGAUGCGGGACACACCCGCCCAUGGCUCCAGGGCGGGGUUGGGGAGUGCCCGCAGCGGCUGGGGCCGUAACCACUCCUCUCUUGGGCUACUCCCAGCCUGGACUCCCCCCUCAGUCCUGCGCGCCCCCGAGCGCCACGCCGCAGUUCGCGUCCACCCAAGCCGGGUCAGCCCGCAUCUCCCGGUAGCUGGCGGGAGCGAGCAGGGCGGGGGAUUGCAGCCGGCCAGAGGGCUGCAAUCCGCUCUCCGCGGCGUCCCGGGCUGCUGUGACCCGGCUGCGGAGAGAGCAGUGGGCAGCAUGGCGGGGCGGCGGGCCAGGUGGCUCUCAGGGCCCGGGCUGCUGGCUCUGUCCACGCUGGGCGUCUGCAUGAUGCUGCCAGUCAGUGCCAAGAGGCCCCCCAAGACGCCCCCCUGCCCGCCCAGCUGCUCCUGCACCCGGGACACCGCCUUCUGCGUGGAUUCCAAGGCAGUGCCCAAGAACCUGCCCUCGGAGGUCAUCUCACUGACACUAGUGAAUGCUGCCUUCUCGGAGAUCCAUGAUGGAGCCUUCGCACACCUGCCACUGCUGCAGUUCUUGUUGCUCAAUUCCAACAAGUUCACGCUGAUUGGAGACAGUGCCUUCACAGGACUGUCACACCUGCAGUACCUUUUCAUUGAGAACAAUGACAUCUGGGCUUUAUCUAAGUUUACCUUCAGAGGCCUGAAGUCCUUGACUCAUCUUUCCCUGGCCAACAAUAACCUGCAGAUGCUGCCUAGAGACAUCUUCCGGCCCCUGGACAUCCUGAGUGACCUGGACUUAAGGGGCAACUCCCUUAACUGUGAUUGCAAGGUGAAGUGGCUGGUGGAGUGGCUGGCACACACCAACACCACAGUGGCCCCCAUCUACUGCGCCAGCCCGCCCCGCUUCCAGGAGCACAAGGUGCAGGACCUGCCACUGCGGGAAUUCGACUGCAUUACCACAGAUUUUGUGCUGUACCAGACCCUGCCUUUCCCCGCAGUGUCAGCUGAGCCCUUCCUCUAUUCCAGUGACCUCUACUUGGCUCUGGCCCAGCCAGGUGCCAGUGCCUGCACCAUCCUUAAAUGGGACUAUGUUGAGCGGCAGCUUCGAGACUUCGAUAGAAUCCCAGCCCCUUCUGCAGUGCACUGCAAGCCCAUGGUGGUGGACAACCAGCUGUAUGUCAUCGCGGCCCAGCUGUUUGGAGGCUCAUACAUCUACCACUGGGACCCCAAUACCACCCGCUUCACCAAGCUGCAGGAUAUCGACCCACAGCGCGUGCGCAAGCCCAACGACCUAGAGGCCUUUCGCAUCGAUGGUGACUGGUACUUCGCUGUGGCGGACAGCUCCAAGGCAGGGGCUACCAGCCUCUACCGCUGGCACCAGAACGGCUUCUACUCCCACCAGGCUCUGCACGCUUGGCACCGCGACACCGACCUGGAGUUCGUGGACGGGGAGGGCAAGCCAAGACUGAUCGUGUCUAGCAGUUCCCAGGCACCUGUCAUCUACCAGUGGAGCCGCUCACAGAAGCAGUUUGUGGCCCAGGGAGAGGUGACACAGGUGCCGGAUGCUCAAGCUGUGAAGCACUUCCGCGCCGGUCGGGACAGCUACCUGUGCCUCAGCCGCUACAUCGGGGACUCCAAAAUCCUGCGCUGGGAGGGUGCCCGCUUCUCCGAGGUGCAGGCGCUGCCAUCCCGGGGCUCGCUGGCCCUGCAGCCCUUCCUGGUGGGCGGCCGCCGCUACCUGGCACUGGGCAGCGACUUCUCCUUCACCCAGAUCUACCAGUGGGAUGAUGGGCGACAGAAGUUCGUGCGCUUCCAGGAGCUGGCUGUACAGGCCCCUCGGGCCUUCUGCUACAUGCCUGCUGGGGAUGCCCAGCUGCUCCUGGCCCCCAGCUUCAAGGGGCAGACACUGGUGUACCGGCACGUGGUGGUGGAUCUCAGUGCCUAGGGGGUGCCCAGGCUUGGUGGGGGUGGGAUGGGGGAGGGCCCUUGGGCAGCUGAAGGCUGGGUAGAAGUCUCUGUAUGUGAAGACAUGCGCCACCAGCCAGCAUAUGAGCCCUGGUCCACCACUGCCACAUGCUGUGGAGUAGCUCAAGCCAUCACUCCUCAUAGUUAAAAUCAGCAUGGAGGUUUGUUUGUGCACCAGCACCCCCACACACACCUGUGGACACCUGUCAGCCCCAGGCCCCCAUCCAUGGCACACUCGUUCUGCUCCUUCUGCAAACUCUGGUCCCAGGGGUGGGUGCUGGCCUGAGGGAAGCUGAGCCACCCGCCUGUCCCUUGGCUUCUUUCCUGUUGGUACUCCAGGUGUUUGUUUACCAGCACAUCUCACACCACCAUGCUCUUCUCCUGCUGCACGCGCACACUGGUGUGGACAGAGCCCGCUCUCACACUUACCUGUCUGUCCACACAUCCACCACUUAGUUUAUACACAAAGAUCCAACUGCCUGGAGGGACUCCCUGCCAUCAUUCUGUCCCUCUCCUCUGAGCACCAGGCCCCACCCCAUGCUUCUCCAGCUGGCCCCUGGGUUCCCACCCUCAGCUGAUGAGAAUGGAGGUGGUCAUGUCAGCCUUAGUCAUCUGGGGGCAAAACCUCUCCGCCAAGCAAUAACCAAAACCGCAAGGGGGGCUCGGUUUUCCCUGUAUGACUGUCUUCUCACUGGACUUCCCUCCUCUGCCCCCAACGCAGAUCCAUGUGGCCAGGACCCUGCCUAAGCCAGCACUCCUCUGCUCUCCUUUCCUACUUCGGGUGCUGGGACCACCUGUUUAUGGUACAUGGGACCAUGUGCACUGGCUCCUUCGUGGCGGAUCCCAGAGCUGACCCAGCCAGGGACACUACAAACAAAUGAACCAUGUGCCUGGGUGUAGGAGGGCAGCUGGGCUGCAGAACUCUUGGGGAGCCUGGCAUCCCCCCCCCCAAGUCACAGAGGCACAUCCCUGGGGACUGCUUUUCCAUUCAAGCUGAGCAUCUGGCAGUGGGCUAGGGUCCUUGCAGAGGUAGCUGGCAGCUAAGCUUCUGCUGCCCUCUACUGUAUGCUGGGGACUCACAGCUCCAUGAUGCAAGGCCAGCAAGAAGGCCAAAGUGAAGGCUUCCUUGUGGCAGGACCCUGGGGGUGCACUGGGGGCAGUGUUAUGAUUCAUUUGCUUCAAAUAAAAAAGUCCCCACUCUA